GAAAGUCUCCAACUGCAACCACAACAACCACGUCACCUAAAAGAAACCUGCAAGAACCUUCCUCACUCCUCUUUUUUCUUCUUCUUCUUCUUCUUCUAUAUUACCAAACCCAUCUCUUCUUCUUCAUCCAUUGACCUUUUCUUUCUUCUCUCUCUCUCUCACACACACACACAGGCAGAAGAAGAGAUGACGAUAAACAACAGCACUCCAAAUCCAAUAACACUAACUGAGGCGAAUUCAAGAGGCUACAAUCUCAGCGGCAAGAUCAUGCUAACCGCCAUUAUCCUCCUCUUCUUUCUCGUUCUCCUCAUGCUCUCUCUCCACCUUUACGCUCGCUGGUACCUUAGCACCAACAUCGUCUUUUACAUCGACCCUCCCACUCUCUCCGCUUCCCAUGGCCUUGACCCCGCCCUCCUUGAAUCCAUUCCCAUCUUCACCUACCACCCGCCAAAUCCGCCGGAAUGCGCCGUCUGCUUAUCGGAGUUCGAACCGGGAGAAACUGGUCGGAUCUUGCCAAAAUGCAACCACGUGUUUCACACCGAUUGCAUAGACAUGUGGUUCCAUUCUCAUACCACGUGUCCGCUGUGCAGAGCUCCUGUGGAGCCGCAACCUGAAGUGGAAACCCGACCCGAAGAAGUUGUUAUAACGGUUUGCGAAAGCGAAACCGGUUCGAGUUCCGGGAUCUGUCCGCAAGAAGUCAACCGGAGUGGAACUGGAACCGGAAGGGAGAGGAGGAAGCUUUCUCCGGUGACGGUGGAGCUUCCGGCGAGGACUAGCGAGGGUUUUAGUGACGAGUCAGGUGGUCACGAGUCGCCGCAGCUGUCGUCGUCGUCGUCGUUUCGUUCUCCGAUGAGUCGAAUGCUUUCGUUCAAAAGAAUCCUCAGCAGGGAACGGAAAGGGAGCGUGUCUCCAGGCGGCGGUGGAAGUUGUAGCACCGCGGCUGAGGUGGGGGACGCAGAGCGAGGUGGUGAAAAAGAGGAGACUCUGAGAUAGGCGAGUUCGUGACUCGGAAUGUGAUGGCGCCGCGAAUGAGCGCGUGGAAGCACGUUCUCUUUGAGGCGGUGUGUGGCGCGUGAAUUUUGGUGGGAUGGAAAAAUCGGUGGAGGUAGUUUGUCUCACUUUUUUUCUUUUAUCCGAGGAAGUGACAGAGAAUGUUUGAAUCUUGAAUACUAACAGAUAGGGAUAUUACACAAUUUGUUUAUAUUUUAAUUAUUUUCAUGUAAUUAUGUAAAUACCCACUCCAUUACCUUUAUGAUUAUGGCUCUAUUAGCAACAUUUUAUAUUGAAAACUAAACGUUAUUCUCA